AUGCAGGGGAUUGCGAAAGAUCCGCGGCCGCAGAUCUCCCUUUCCAUUUCCCCGCUGAGAGCACUCCUUGCCAAGAUCCACCCUGCGACGAUGAAGCCCAUUGUGUUGACCGUCCUCUCUGCUGCAGGUGUGCACCACUCACAGUGACAUGAAGGAUGCCUGCUGAAAUGCGGGCUGUGGCUGCGGGUGUGCGCGUGCGUGUGUGCAGUGGUGACUGGGUUCGUCAUUCCGUCGCCAAGGAGUCCUUCGAGCGGGGAUGCGUCGAACCUCUACACCAAGAGGGUGAGCGGAGGGUGGGAGAGGGAGGGACAGAGACGGCGCGAGAGAGACAAGGAAGACCUAGAUGCAUGUGUCUCUGUCAGCGGCGCCGCUCAUCCGACAGGUUGUCCCGCAUGGAUGCCAUCGUUGGCGCCCAACCUGCUGUGGUACGAGAAACGAGAUCGGUCAUUCGUGUCACGUCACACUGGCUUGCAUUCUGAAUGCACGUGUGUGUGUGUGCUCAUGUGUGUGUGCGUCUGAACAGAAGCAGGAGUGGAAAUCUGUCCUUGAAGUGGACGAGAUAGCCCCCGGCGACCUCAUGCCGAUCGAGGUGCGCUGCGCGUCAGCUGUUCACAUACACACACAUGCAGUGACAGGCACGGCACGCACCGCACCGUUGGUGUGCUGUGUGUAGGUGAAUGGCCUGAAGCUGCUACUGGUGGCUGAGGCGAAGGAUGGCACCAUUUAUUGUGUGGGCAACGCAUCACCCCCCCUGGGCACGCCCCUCGAAGAGGUCGGUGGGCACCAAUAUAUGUCGCGUACACCGAUGUGUCCUUCGUAUGCAAAUCGGUUUCUAUGCAUAUGCAUAUGCGUUCAUCGUGUGACCUGAUCAGGGCGAGGUGAAGGACGGCAAGGUCAUCUGCCCCAACUAUCGGACCGCCUUCGACCUGUCCACCGGUGAAGUGGUCGGCGAGUGGUGCCCCUUCCCGCCCGUCAUCGGCUUCCUCACGGGCAAGCUCAGCCCCCAGCGGCCCCUCAACACCUUCCCGGUGCGGCAGCAGGGCAAGAUGAUCCAGGUGCAGGUGGACGUCAUGGCAAAGGCCAACUUCGAGAGGAAGUACUGGAAGGGCCUCCUCGACGCACAGGGCAAGGCUGAUGGUGGCUACUACUAGACAGAGACGGAAGGGCGGUUGAACGGAGGGAGGUUGUGUGAUGCAUUGCAUGUCGAUUUUCGCGGAUGCGUGUACAUUUGCGCACACGAUUUUGCCGCAACAAACGUGUGGACUGACUCGCUACUCUUGCUGCCCUUCCUUCCGUAUAUGUGCAUUCAUGCGAGUGAGGUCGAUUUGUCAUGGGCGGCGUGGUUUCCCGAUUUUCCGAUGGAUGACGCUCAUCCACACGGCACGCGCACACGGGGGAGGGAGGGAGGAGGGAGGCUUGUCGAUCAUGUGUGAUGUCGUGCAGUAAGGCGUUCUCGUGCUGCAUUGGGCAACAUGAAGGGCGCUGUUCGUUGCGCAACACACCGACUUUCAGACCAGUGAACACGUUGAGCUACGAAGACAGUUCACUCAAGUUUGCUUCAACCCGAAUAUAUGUAUAUGCAAAAGUCGACGUCUAUGAGGGUUGCAUAUAGCGGACUUCCAUG